GCUAAACAAAACAUUGGUCGCCGCGAAUAUCCAGUCGUCUCAACAAUCAUCACUGGGUUUUAACGGCAGCAAAUAUGAGUAACACGAAGGAGUCGCGUGGGCAUAAUGACCACAGCGACAUCGAUGAGAUCAAUGGCACGUCUGCAGGCUCAAAACUCCUCUGGAGACACGCAUCUCCAAAAUCGACGCCAAUGUACAAAUUCCUGCGCAAUGUGAACGAAACACAUGGAUUGGAUUUGGCGACAUAUGCAGAGCUGCAUAAAUGGAGUGUUGACAAUACGGAUCAGUUCUGGCGAAGAGUGUGGGAGUUUGUUGGUGUCCGAGCGCGAGGAGAGGCACCGGUGGCAGUUGAUCCCACAGCGCCCAUGUUUCCUCGCCCAUCGUUUUUCCAGGGUGCGAGCCUCAACUUUGCUGAGAACCUGCUAUUCCCUACACAGGAAGUGGAUGAAGACUCCAUUGCCAUAGUCGCCGCCACCGAGACGUCCCGCGAGACUGUGACAUGGAGCGAGUUGAGGGAACGUGUGAAGGAUUGUCAGGCUGGAAUGAUGGCGAUCGGUGUGAAGGCAGGCGAUCGUAUUGCUGGCUAUGUUGCGAACCACACAAACGCCGUGGUGGCGAUGCUGGCAGCGACGUCACUGGGCGGAAUAUGGACUGCUGUCAGCCCAGACACGGGCGUGCAUGCUGUCUUGGAGCGACUGCGCCAGAUUGAUCCCGUUCUUCUCCUCGCAGACAAUGCCUCAUUUUAUAAUGGCCGUAGCCAUCCUGUCCUGCCCAAGGUUGCCGAGAUUGCCAGCGGACUACCGACCCUACAGGCCGUGGUCGUGUUCCCUACCAUCCCCUCGGUACAGGUCGAUGCUAGCUCCAUACAUGAUAAGGCCUACGACUAUGCCACUUUCAAAUCGCUGAAGAGGACUACAGAACUGACAUUCACCUAUCUAUCACCAGACCACCCCGUCUAUAUCCUCUAUUCCAGCGGAACUACGGGAGCACCGAAAUGCAUCGUCCAUGGUGCCAUUGGCACGCUCCUCCAACACAAGAAAGAGCAUGUUCUCCAUUGCUCUGUAACCCCUAGCUCGCGCUUCUUCUAUUUCACGACGUGCACUUGGAUGAUGUGGCACUGGUUGGUCUCUGGCCUCGCAUCAGGCGCAACGCUCGUUCUGUACGACGGCUCACCCUUCCGCUACAUUGACCCUAGCGACCCCUCGACCUCUGUCGCUGACGACCUCGCCAUGCACCGCCUCAUUGACGAAUUCGACAUUACGCACUUUGGCACCUCUGCGAAAUACCUCUCGAUUCUCGAGCAGAAGUCAGUGGAUCCGACAUCAGCCGGCCUCACGUUCAAGCACUUGGAAGCGAUAUACUCAACUGGCUCGCCCCUCGCCCCGUCAACCUUCUCGUACGUCUACUCGGCCUUCCCUUCCACAAUCAACCUAGGCAGCAUCACCGGAGGUACCGACAUUAUCUCCCUCUUCGGCGCACCCAAUCCCCUACUGCCCGUAUACGAAGGCGAGAUCCAGGGCCCAGGGCUAGGCAUGGCCAUCGCCGCACACGACUACACGGGCGCAGACAUAUCGUCCACCGGUGAGGCAGGAGAUCUCGUGUGCACACAACCAUUCAUCUGCCAACCCGUCGCUUUCUGGGGCACAGACGGGCACAAAAAGUACCACGGCUCGUAUUUCGACAAAUUCGUCAACGAAAAUGGCCAUGCCAUAUGGCACCACGGCGAUUUCGUGCGCUUCAACCCCAAGACGGGCGGGUUGUGGAUGCUUGGACGCAGUGACGGCAUUCUCAAGCCUGCUGGGGUGCGCUUUGGGUCUGCGGAGAUUUACAACGUGCUGCUCGAGCACUUUGGCGAGGAGGUGUCGGAUGCACUGUGCAUUGGGCGGCGACGAGAGACGGAUACUGACGAGACGGUUGUGCUGUUUGUCAAGAUGGCAGAGGGACAUGCACUGACGGAAGAUCUGGUUGGUAGGAUCAAAGUCACGAUCAAGCAGGCGCUCAGUGCGAGACACGUGCCUGCUGUGGUGGAUGAGUGCCCGGAGAUUCCAGUCACCACUAAUGGGAAGAAGAUUGAGGGUGCGGUUAAGCAGAUUCUGUGCGGUAUGAAUGUCAAGACCAGUGCAAGUGUUGCCAACGCAGAAUGUUUGGACUGGUACCGCGAAUGGGCAAGUAAGCAUUGAGGGUAAUAGAACCAAUCAUGGAGGACGAGGUGAUUGCGAUUAUAUAUACAGAUUUCUGAUUGAAUUGAUUGAGCAAUUGCUGGUGCUCCCUGAUCCCAUAAAACUGUAGCAGCGAUUAUCUUUGCUGAUAUGUACAGAAAAAGAAACGAACCAUAGCUCAGGUACAAAGUUUAAUAUUACAAACAUGAUUUG